AUGGCGCCUGUGUCAUUCUGGUCAGCACCCGGCAGCUAUAUUCACUGGGCAGCGCGCGCAAAACCUGCCAUCUUCUGGUCGAUUGUCGUUGGCAGCAUGGGACCUGUUUUCCUGGUCGUUGUACCACCGAUUCGAGAGCGACUAGGCGACAAGAAGAGACCGCAAAUCCCUCUCACAUAUCCAAUCCCAAGAGGACCCCGACAAAUACCUUCCGGCUACGACGACUGA